CACCGGAGGGAACUGAGCUGUUAUUGUGAUGCGUUCCCCGUUUCCCAGCAGCCCCCGCGCUCCGGACCGGAAGGACAUCUUUGUGGAGAGGACAUAACAAGCGGCUCCAAGGUUAGCUGAGUAUCCUGUGACAGAACCCCGUAAACAUGGCUGAGACCAUCGAUGACAAGAUCAAGAACUACCGGACUGCGCCCUUCGACGCCCGGUUCCCCAACACCAACCAGACCCGCAACUGCUUCCAGAACUACCUGGACUUCCACCGGUGCAACAAAGCUCUGUCGGCCCGAGACCAGGACGUGUCCCCCUGUGAGUGGUACCAGAGGGUCUACAAGAGCCUCUGCCCCACCAGCUGGGUCGGUAAAUGGGACGAGCAGAUAGAGAACGGAAGCUUCCCCGGAAAGAUCUGAAGCCGGCGGCCGCUUCCAGUUUGGAUGUUUUGUUACCAGAACCCUCCCUGUGCCUAAAGGUCAUCAUCAGAACGGCUCACAGUCCGUCAUCGUUACUGCUCAUAACUUAAAAGUACUUACGUUUAAACACGCACAACUUUUCCCAUGUUGAGGUCUGAAGUUUGUCUCCUGUUGGUUUCAAUUAUUCUGAAUACAGAGCAGAAGAAUUAAAGACAUUCUUUAUCAA